CGGAUUCCAGAUUGAUUUUCUCUCGUCGUCUCUGCGCUUCUUCUUGCUUUCUCCUCGUCUUCUUCUGCUCCCCUCGCUUCGCUUGUUAGCACUCUUAGCUAACCUGCGCUGUUGGCACUGUUUAUCACCGCCUGAGAUGUCUGAGAGCUUCUCCCGUACUUCUACCUUCGUUACAAGAAUCUCGCGAUACAGGAGAACCCAUUAAAUAAGAAAGACGGAAAAACAAGACCCAAAUCCCAAAACCGCCAUGGACGGUCAAAAGAGCCAGGCCAAGCUAACGAGGACCCAGUCGUCGCUCCGUUCAUCGCCGACGAUUAGAUCAUCCAUCCACAGCCUUUCUUCCAUUCACGAGGAAGAAGUCGCAUCGGAGGAACAGAAGCCCCACUCUGGGACACGAGUUGCCUCUGGUUCGAACCGGUACCUUCCUGCUGUGGCCAUGGUGUCCCUGAGCUCGUCUCUUUGCUUGUACUUCUUCUUCUAUCUCAGAAGAGAAGAAAUACCCACUUCCGAAAAUUUGUUAUUGGCGAUGAUUUUCAUCGCCGUGGCACUCUAUGUGGCCGGAAAGAAGAAGGGUUUUAUCAUCCAGACCUCAUUGUUUAUGAAACAUUUAUGGGAUGAGAAGAACAAAAGAUUAGGGCUUUCGAAGACUGGCGGAGAUUCGGUUGAGUGGUUUAUCGGCGGCGAAGGCUCGUCGUCGUUCAAGAAAGAGAGGAAAGAUAAGAAAAUUAUUAGAGAAGGUGUGGAGUUCUACAGUAAUGGCGAUUUCUACGAGGGGGAAUUUCACAAGGGGAGGUGUAAUGGGAGUGGAGUGUACAAUUAUUUUGUGAAUGGGAGAUACGAAGGGGAUUGGAUUGAUGGGAGGUAUGAUGGAUACGGCAUCGAGAGCUGGGCAAGGGGGAGCCGGUACCGGGGACAGUAUCGGCAAGGACUGAGACAUGGCUACGGGGUUUAUCAGUUCUAUACAGGGGAUAGCUAUGCCGGGGAGUGGUGUAAUGGGCAGAGCCAUGGCAUCGGAGUGCAGAACUGCUUGGAUGGUAGUUGUUACGUUGGAGAAUUCAAGUGUGGCGUCAAGCAUGGCCUUGGUUGCUAUCAUUUCAGAAAUGGAGAUCGUUAUGCUGGAGAGUAUUUUGGAGACAAGAUCCAUGGAUUUGGUGUUUAUCACUUUGCUAAUGGCCACCGUUAUGAGGGUUCAUGGCAUGAAGGCCGAAGGCAAGGCUUUGGUAUGUAUACUUUUCGGAAUGGAGAUGCAAGAUGUGGAGAGUGGGAUGCUGGUGUCCUCAAGAGCCCCCAGCCCCCACUAAGUGAUGGGGUCCUGCGUGCAGUUCAGGCAGCUAGAAAAGUGGCAGAGAAUGCUAUUAACCUCCCUCGGGUGGAUGAACCAGUGAGCAAGGCAGUCAUGGCCGCAAACAAGGCUGCCACUGCUGCUAGAGUUGCUGCUGUCAAAGCAGUUCAGAACAGGAUGGAUGGAAAUUUUUGUGAAACGGAAGUGUAACAGAACAAUCCUGACUUUACACUAAAUUUGGUGAAUUACUAUCCUGCAUUUGGAGUGUAAGCCACCUGGGUAGGCAAAAGCAAGCCCUGGUGAGAGAGAGAGAGAGAGAGAGAGAUGACAAGAGUGGAUGCUAGUUUAGUUGAUCACAAUGUAACAUGUAUAUAAAUCCAUCUGUAUAUCAAUUGAAGAUGAAUUUUCAGGGCCUUUUUCUUUUUCAUGUGGCCCAUCUUCUUUUAGCUUCUUCUGUAUGCAACGAUGAAAUCAGAUAAGAUUGAAGGUUUGAGCACA